CCUGUGUUGGAGGAAGUCCCCCCUCCCAACUGCAUUCCUUCCCCCGUGUGUUUCUCUUCCUGGUUUCAGCGAUGGCGUCUGCAGACCUGAGAGCUGAGCUGGAAUGUUCCGUCUGUCUGAACAUUUAUACAGAUCCUGUAAUGCUGAGAUGCGGACACGACUUCUGCCGGGCCUGUAUCAAACGUGUGCUGGAUACACAACGUGAGGCUGGAGAUUACUUCUGUCCUGUGUGCCGAAAAAGGUUCAGGAGUCGUCCUGCACUGCAGAGGAACAUAACACUGCGUAACAUAGUGGAGAAUUUCCAGUCUGCUCAGCCAGAUCAGGAGGAUUCCGGGGUCUACUGUACUCACUGUGUGGACUCUCCUGUACCUGCUGUUAGAUCAUGUCUGCUCUGUGAGGUUUCUCUGUGUGAUAAACACCUGAGAGUCCACAAAAAGUCCCCAGAACACAUCUUAUGUGACCCCACCUUGUCCAUGGAGAGCAGGAAAUGCUCCAUCCAUAAGAAGAUCCUGGAGUAUUACUGCACCGAGGAUGAUACAUGUAUCUGUGUGACCUGCACUUUGGCCGGAGAACAUCGAGGACACCAGGUGGAGAUGCUGGAUGAGGCUUCUGAGAAGAAGAAAGAGACACUGAGGAAUGUUCUGCAGAAACUUCUGACAAAGAGAGAGGAGACGGAGGAAAGAGCCCAGAGUCUGCAGGAACACAGGAGGAAAGUAGAAGAAAAAGCAGCUGGUGACACCGAGAGAGUCACUGACCUGUUUAUAGAUCUCAGGAGACGUCUGGAUGAUCUGGAGGAGAAGUUCCAGGAUGAGAUUUCCAGGUGGGCACAGGGGGUCUCCAUCUGCAUGUCACAAAUGAUCCGGGAUCUGGAAAUAAAGAAGGAGGAGCUGUCCAGGAAGAUGCGUCACAUUGAGGAGCUGUGUAACACGACGGAUCCACUGAACAGAGAGAGACAUGAGAAGCUCCUCCAUGAUGGAGGGGGUCUGGAUAUAGCUCGGAUAUCACGUGGAUUACGUGCAUUGUCUGAUAUAAUCACACGGGUAAAUGUAGACUUCUAUAUACAGGAACCUGCAGACAUAUUACUGGAUGUAAACACAGCUCAUAAUACUCUCCAGAUAUCAGAUGACAGGAAAACUGUGUCCAGGUCAGAUAUAAACCAGAAGAGCCCCAAAACACCAGAGAGAUUUGUUGGUCAUCCUCAGGUGUUGAGCAGUCGGAGUUUCUCCUCAGGGAAACAUUACUGGGAUGUGGAAGUCGGGGGGUCAGAUGCAUGGAUAGUUGGAAUGUGUUACCCCAGUAUAGAGAGGGGAGCAAAGCCGUCAUUUAUUGGAUGGAAUAACAAGUCCUGGGGUUUGUUCAAAAAAGAUAACCAAAAUGUGGCGGUACAUGAAGGUAAAGGGACCCGCUUACUUGUUAACGUCAUUAAUAACAGAGUCAGGAUAUAUCUGGAUUAUGAGGCCGGGCGGAUCUCCUUUUAUGAUCUGUGUGGCCCGAUCCGACUCCUCCACACCUUCACCGCCACCUUCACUGAGCCCCUCCAUGCUGGGAUAUGGGUAUGGAGAGGUAUAAUAAAGCUCUGUGGGGGUAAUCAGAAGAUCUGAGAAAUCUGCCCCAGAGACUGGUGAUGUCACAUAGAGGAGGCAUUGAUUGGUGGAAUAUUCAACCAAUUAGAUAAGAUAGUGGGAGGGGGUCUUGUGUCUUGCAUGUUCUUCUACUAUAAAUAAAUAUAAGUGAGAUUUCCUUUA